AUGGGGUGCUCGGAAGAAGAGAGGAAUGCACUGCUCAUGAUUAAGGCCGCCUUCAACCACCCGAAUGGGUCUUCUCUUUCAUCGUGGCGUGAUGGCAACGGUGACUGCUGCGGCUGGGAACGCGUGGAGUGCGACAACAUCACUUUGCGGGUGACUGAACUAGAUCUGAGCUGGAUACGCCCGCAGGCAUUGGGAAAGGACUAUUGGGAAUUGCCUGGGCUGGUUAUUGACGCGUCUUUAUUCCUUCCCCUGGAGGAAAUUCAAGUGUUGGAUUUAAGUGUGAAUUCUCUCUCAGAUUUAAAAGGAACUCUACACCUGAGGAAAUUGAAGAGGCUAGAUCUAUCUAUCAAUCAACUACAACGAGUCCCCUCACUGUACAAGCAAACUUCAGUGGAUGCCCAAAAUUUAUCUUCCAAUCAGCUUGAAGGUAUGAAUCUGGAGGCACUGGAUCUUUCUGAUAACAAAUUGGUGAAUGAUGCCCUCGUGGACAUUGCGAGGAUAACAUCUCUUAAGGCCUUAAGCAUCUAUUAUUGUGGACUGAAUGCUUCGAAGUUGCUGGAAGGCUUGUGCGGAUUGAGAAACCUUGAAGAGUUGGAAAUUACGGGUAAUGGAUUUUGGGGUCCUCUUCCUUCAUGCUUCUGUAAUAUGACCUCACUUCGGGCGCUUGAUGUUCAGAAUAACCAUUUUAGCGGGGCCAUUCCUUCAUCUCUCCUCUAUAAUCUCAAGUCACUCGAAUAUAUUGCCUUUUCUGGAAAUGCUUUUGAAGGCUCACUUUUGCUUGCUUCCCUGGCUAAUAAUUCUAACCUUGAAGAAUUCCAUCUCAUGGACAAUUAUAAUCGGCUGGUAGUAAAUACAGAAGAGCCCACUUGGUUUCCUUCAUUUCAACUAUGGACGUUUAGUUUAUCAAAUUGUGUGCUCAACAAAGACGCAGGUGGCGUAAUUCCUAGCUUUCUGAAAGAACAGUAUAACUUGAGGGGUAUUCAACUCAGCCACAAUGGAAUGACAGGAAAUUUCCCAAGUUGGCUAUUGGACAACAAUGUAAAUCUAGAACAGAUCGUACUCAGAGGCAACAAUUUGUCAGGUUCAUUUUAUUUGCCUUCCAAUUCGAAUCUUGUCAACUUACGGAUUUUCGAAGUGUCUGCUAGUUUUAUUGAAGGAGAGCUUCCAUCUCAAAUUGGUUGUAUCCUCACGAAUUUGGAAUAUUUGAACCUAUCAAACAACUAUUUAACAGGUGGAAUCCCAUCCUCAAUGGGCAAUAUGCACAGGUUGUCCUUAUUGGACUUGUCGAAUAAUGGCUUCACGGGAGAAAUACCGGAGACCCUAGCUAGAAAUUGUACGUCUCUUUCUAUAUUGAAACUGUCAAGCAACAAUUUGCAAGGCCAAAUGCUACCGAAGUAUUCUAACUUGGCCAGCUUGGAAAUUUUGUGUCUGGAUGGCAAUCGUUUCACAGGGGGCAUAUCGCCUGAUAUAUUAAAUAGCUCCUCGUUGCAAGCUUUGGAUGUAAGUAGUAAUUCCCUAUCCGGAACACUUCCUAAUUGGAUUGGAGAUAUUCAACACUUGAGGGAGCUUAUGCUAUCAAGUAAUUUAUUGGGAGGUCCUUUACCGUUGAGCUUAUGCAACUUACCAUAUCUCAAUCUUUUAGACCUUUCAGGCAAUAGCCUUGGGCCGAAUAUACCCCCUUGUGUCAAUGUUACAUUUAUGAGGUUCUUGCAUUUAGCAAAUGACGCGCUUGUUGGGCAUUUUCCUGAGUUUCUUUCAGGAGCUUCAUCGAUUGUCACGUUGGACCUACGACGUAAUGCAUUGUCAGGUGAGGUCCCCAGCUGGAUCGGUUCACUUUGGAACUUGAAGUUUCUUCUACUACAGGGAAACAAUUUUGAAGGUUCAAUCCCUUUGGAUUUAUGUCUAUUGAAAAAUAUGAGCAUAUUGGAUCUUUCCAAUAAUAAUCUUUCUGGAACAAUUCCUUCUUGUUUGAAAGAUUUGACAUUUGGAAACGCUGAGAUAUCUAAUGACGAAUUUGCUACCUGGUUGGCUGGGAUAUCGUACAUUGGCCCAGAAUCUAUUAGUAGAUUUGGUUUAUCUUUUCCGUAUAUUGACGCAGAUGUUUAUAUGGAGAGAUUAGAAGAAGUAAACUUCAUGACAAAGAGUAGGCUGGAAUCUUAUAAGGGCAACAUUUUAAAACUCAUGUCGGGAAUGGAUCUCUCGCAUAACAAUUUGACGGGCUUUAUUCCUCCAAAGGUUGGGUACUUAAGUGAACUUCGAGCGUUGAACCUGUCACACAAUCAUUUGGUGGGAACGAUUCCAGAAACAUUUUCCAAUUUAAAGAACAUAGAGAGCUUGGACCUGUCCUUCAACAGCUUAACCGGUCCCAUCCCUCCGCAACUAAUAGAGCUUUACACGCUGUCAGAUUUUAGUGUGGCUCACAACAACUUGUCUGGUAGGACACCAAACCGAAAAAAUCAAUUUGGAACUUUUGGUGAAGCAAGUUAUGAAGGUAACCAUUUUCUUUGCGGAACACCAUUAACCAGCUGUAAUGACUCCAAUCAGGGACAGAGGACACUACCACCUUUUAAUCAUACAAGGGAGGAUGAUUCUUGGAGAGAAGCAUUCUUGUGGAGUUUUGCAGGAUCAUAUGUGGUGGCGUUCCUUGGGGUGGUUCUUUUUCUCUAUGUAAACUCUUACUAUGAGUGUAUGCUGUUCGAGCUUGUUCGUAAGCUUAUCCCAUCAUUUCCCUAGUAGAGAUUGUUCUUCUAAUUAUUUUGUGAUAGAAAAAUAUGAUGAAACGGUGGAGAACCUUUAUUUAAUAGGAUUGUAAGCAUUUGAGUCUUUAUUAAGGAUUGUGAACGCUUGACUCCUAGAGUGUUCAUUUUGUAUUU